UCAUAUCAUAUAUACAGUCACAUUCCUUGCCGUCACAAAAUCAAACCCUUCCUUCUUUCAGAGAGAGAGAGCGAAAAUGAAGUUCAAUCCUAGGGUUUCAAGCAGCCGCCGCAAGAGCCGCAAGGCUCACUUCACCGCACCAUCAAGCCUGCGACGCGUCCUCAUGAGCGCGCCUCUCUCCGGCGACCUCCGAUCCAAGUACAACGUCCGCUCCGUCCCCGUUCGCAAGGACGACGAGGUGCAGGUGGUCAGAGGAACCUACAAGGGCCGUGAAGGCAAGGUGGUGCAAGUCUACCGUCGCAAGUGGGUCAUCCACAUCGAGCGCAUUACCCGUGAGAAGGUGAACGGCUCCACCGUCAACGUCGGAAUCCACCCUUCCAAGGUCGUCAUCACCAAGCUCCGUUUGGAUAAGGACCGCAAGUCGUUGCUCGAUCGUAAGGCCAAGGGUCGCGCCGCUGCUGAUAAGGAGAAGGGUACCAAGUUCGCUCCUGAGGAUAUCAUGCAGACUGUUGAUUGAUCAAUCGGUUUAUGUUUUAUCUAUAUAGCUCUUUUUGUUUGAUUACUAGUUUUGAUUAUGUUACUGUGUGCACUUGAUUCGGAUUUUUAGCUUUUUGUUUUGCUGUGACGAUGAUGUUAUGGGUUUGUUUGGAUCUGAAUGGUUCAAGUAUUUUGAGGCCUUUUAUGUUUUGUUUAACUUGAUGAAAUGGUUGACAUUAUUACUGGUAAUAUAUCUUGCAGUUUUGUUAA